GUAUGAGUUAGAGAUGUUUGCGUAUAGCAAAAGGGUGGUAAACUAAAGUCAUCUCAGUCAAUAGGUGAAUAGGCCAGGAGGUCGAAAUGGAUAUAAAUAAGGGGCCCACUCUCUCUCGGAAAUAAGAAAGAGAAAAGCAUCAGACAAUUAAUCUGAAGUCCUACUACAUCAAUUGCAAUGCCGUUAAUUAAACCUAUCACCCUAAUUGGGAUUUCAACACUGGUGCUACGAGCCAGUGCAUAUACAUUAACUGCCUAUAAGGAAAAGGGCUGUACAGGCGAAGUCCGGCAGACUAUUGAGGAUACCAAAUUUGGCGAUUAUUGCCAAUACUUCGACAAUAAAGCGUCGUCAGUCAAGGUAGAGGGUUCUAGUAAGGAUGAACAAUGGGUAUUUUUCAACAACUGGUGUAGCAAAGAUGCACAAGUUGGCUCAUUUCUUGGUGAUGGGUGCAUGGAUAUGGGCAAUACCAAGAUCAAAGCCUUGAACAAUAUCCUUCCUGAAGGUAGCAAGAAGCGAUUUCCAGCUGGUAUCGUGGAGACUUGGCAGAACACAGAUUGUUCUGGGAACCCAACGAAUCAAAUGCAACUAGUUGGAGAAAAUCUCCCGGUUACUCUAAAUGACGUGUCCUCCAUUAAAGUGAGCGAUGUACCCGACGCUGAUAUCGCCUUCGCAUGUAGCGACUCGGAUUGCCAUGUCGACAACCAAGUCGCUACUCUCGAAAAUGGAAAAUGCGUUAACGUCGAGGGGAAGAUGGUUAAGUCCGCUAUGGCCAUCGGUGUCCCCACCCCUCCUCGAAGUCGUGAUGUUCCUUCGCAACGUCGCUAUACACGAAGUCUUAUGCUCGAAGCGCGGGGGCUCGACAUCCUCAAGCGCCAAGACAAUAUCAACUGUAAUGUUAGCAAUGGAGCCGAUUAUAAAGAUGCACUUAAAGUUGGCGAUGAUUGGCAGGGUGACGAUGGACUUUCUUGUUGUUGUCAUGUUCCUGGAGGACCUAAUUCUAAGUCUUCUGGCUCGGCUAAGGCGUCCAUCAGCGACAACAUUAGAUGCCCUGCGGACCCUUCUGGUCAGCCUCCACCACCGACCCAGUGCCCGCUCAAUUGUAACGAGAUGAGAAGUUAUGUUUAUGCCAUCGCGACGAAGUGUAAAGAUUCCAAUGGAAAGACCGGUGGUACGGCAAGCAUGCCUGGUGAUCAGGAGAUCACUGUUUCCCAUGCUUGA